CCGUCACACGUACGUGCCGCGACCGAAACUCCGGUUGAGCUCGAACCGGAAUCGGAACGCUCUCGCUCUGAUUCUCCAGCGGCCGAGAACGAGAAGCGUGUCGAUGCUUCAGGUUCCGAUGACCGACCGGAGCGCGCCGCCGUCGUCCAUAAGCACGGACUCUGAUGCCGCGCAGAGCAACGGCAGUUCAGCAGAGCUCAAAGGAGCUCGCAAGGUGGACGGCGACGGCGACGAAGAAGACGAGGAGUUGCGUGGGCUUCUAAUGCCUGACGUGCGUGAUCUCCCUCUCGCCCCUCCCUCCGCCGUCGAGUCCAAUUUCGUCGCCUACUUCGCUCCAGAUUUUAUGAAGCCGGGGCAUGAUCAGUACGUUUACCGACAUCCCAAUGGUCUGUGCGUGGUAGGCCUGGCUCCGACUCAUGUGGCGUUUAGAGAUGAAGGAGGUGUGACGGGGGUCGACUUCAAUGUGGGCAAGUCCGAUCGCAGCGCCAUUAAGGUCACUGGGAAGCGAAAGAAGAACGCCCAGCACUUGGAAUCCAACAGUAUGCUGUGUAAAGUUUGCACCAAGAGUGAUUCUUAUGUAGUAAGGUGUUGUGUUAAAGGGUCUCUACUGGAGGUGAACGAGAGACUAAUCAAGCAGCCUGACUUGCUCAAUUCAUCGGCAGACAGAGAAGGAUACAUUGCAAUCAUCAUGCCAAAACCAGCAGACUGGCUCAAGGUGAAGGCUACAUUGCUGGGGCUCGAAGAAUACAAAAGAUUAAAAGAACAAUGCUAAGUUAUCAAGAAUGGGACAAGUUUCAUUGACAUGUUACUUGGCAAAAUGGGUGAACUGAAACUUUGAGGACGGGGAUUGGUGAUUGGAGAUGGAAAUGAGUCUCCACCUGCUGAAGCAUGUGAUUCUUGACAACCGGGGUUCCUCCCAGGUUAGACAUUGGAUUUGGUGGUGAGAUUGAUAUCUGUUGUUUCUCUUGCCAUGUUGAAGUGAUGGCGGGCAUUGCAUUUUCUUUUUAAAUUCCGAUCAAGGCAGAAGUAGUAAUAGCAACUCAUUCUUCAGACUGGAAAGUCUGCAGAGUUGUUCCAAUUUGACAUCUAUUCCCACAUUCCUAGGGAAGCCGGUGUUAUUCUUGAUUUUAAAGAAAAUGGGAAACAACCAAUUUUGGAA